CCCACUCUCUUUUCUUUUCUUUUCUUUUUUGCCGGGGGUGGAGGAGGUUGUCUUUGAGGUUGCAUGCUCUUCUUCUGAACAUUGCAAGCGUCUGGCUUUGGGGUCUGGAGAGAGACUCGUUCCCCCUCCUCGGAAACGGGAGGUUGGGUAAAGGAGGGGAGGGGGCUGGUCCGACUCCCCUCUGCCCGGAGGUGGAGAGUCGGAAUCCCACCCAACCAGACGGAGCCUGGAGGAUUUAGGAAGCUUUCGCUAGGAAAGGGAUCUCAGAGGGAAAGCAGCCAGGGAACAGCUUCCUCCCAACUUUCGCUGCGCGGCUCUACAAAGAGCUUCCCAUGCGCCCAGCUGGACUCGCGGCGGCGGCGGCGGCAGCAGCAGCGUGUUCCUCGCCUCGUUUGUUCUUCUCCCGGGCGGGAGCCACGCUAGACGUCGCCGUCGCGCUGCGCGGGCGCGCAGAUUCCGCGGCACAAAACGGUGAAAUAAGUCCAUCAGCUACAAUUGAAAUACAGAGGAUUUCCUGAAACAGAAGAUUUGAAGAUGGAAGCGUUUCGUUUUGAGAUGGUCUUGGCGCUUCUCAUAACUGGAUUUGUCAUCAUUGAUGGUUCUGACAUCUACCAGUCAAACCUGACUAACCCUGUCACAACUUCCCCUGAAACAGAAUCUAAGCUAUUCUUCUUCCCUACCCAUAAACCCAACCGCACCUAUAUCUAUUGUUCACAACGUCCUAAAAUAAUGGACACUUUCAAAUACAUCAAUACAGCAAUAUCCUGUGCAGUGUUCAUCAUUGGGCUUGUUGGGAAUGCAACCCUGCUGCGGAUUAUCUACCAGAACAAGUGUAUGAGGAAUGGCCCCAAUGCACUGAUAGCUAGCCUGGCCCUGGGAGACCUCAUCUAUAUCAUCAUAGAUAUCCCUAUCAACAUAUAUAAGCUUCAUGGUCAGUGGCCCUUUGGGAUGUCUCCAUUUGGGCAGUUUCUUUGCAGCUGUUUCCCUUUUCUUCAGAAAGCAUCAGUGGGAAUCACAGUCCUUAACCUCUGUGCUCUAAGCGUGGACAGGUACCGGGCAGUUGCCUCCUGGAGUCGUGUUCAAGGAAUUGGAGUCCCCUUGAUCACCGCUAUUGAAAUCAUUACAAUUUGGGUUCUUUCCUUUGUCUUGGCUAUCCCAGAAGCAAUUGGCUUUACCACUGUUGAAUUUGAAUACAACGGCAACUUCUACGUUUCCUGUAUGCUCCUAACUAAUACCACAUUUUUGUCCUUUUAUGCCAAAGCAAAGGACUGGUGGCUCUUUGGUUUCUACUUUUGCAUGCCGCUUGCAUGCACCGCCUUCUUUUACACCCUCAUGACCUGUGAAAUGCUGAACAGGAGGAAGAGCAAUCUGAGAAUAGCUCUCAGUGAACAUCUGAAGCAGAGACGAGAAGUCGCAAAGACGGUUUUCUGCUUAGUUGUCAUCUUUGCUCUUUGCUGGUUUCCUCUCCAUUUGAGCCGGAUCUUGAAGCAAAUGUUGUAUUCCGAAAAAGACCCUAAAAGAUGUGAAUUGCUGAGCUUUUUGCUGACACUCGAUUAUAUCGGCAUGAAUUUAGCGACCAUAAAUUCCUGCAUAAACCCUAUAGCACUCUAUUUUGUCAGCAAGAAGUUCAAAAACUGUUUCCAGUCAUGCUUCGGCUGUAAGUGCUACCAGACAGGGAGUCAAGUCUCAUCUGUUCCGAUGAACGGGACAAGUAUUCAGUGGAAAAACAACGAACUGAACAAUCACAACACAGAACGGAGCAUCCACAAGGACAGUUUAAACUGACAUUUGGUGGAGGCUGCACUUUGCUAUUGGUGGAAACAGAAAUGGUGCCCUGCAGCUUUAUAAACAGAAAAACGACCUGGGAUUCAAUAAGCACAUUUCAUUUGAAGGCUCAAUGCCCUAGCACUUAAUUCCAAAGAUGACCAAAGUGUCCACAGGUGAAGCUCUGUACAGAUUUCUAAAUGGUAGCAAGAAAGCUUUGCCCUCCCCCCUUACAAAGAAAUUCACAUUUUGGUGGAAACAAGAAGAAUCUGCACAGCGUUCUGCAAACUAUCUGCAGACUCCAGGUGGACCUUCUCAGAAAGUGUAUUGCGCAUGCUGCCGUUUUGAAGAAUUUCGUACAUCACUGUGAGUCGUGAUGGAAUUGUUUUGAAAGACUGACAAAACGUAGGACCUAUAGAUGCCCUGUGUUCCCAUUCCCUUGACAUGAGAUAGUUUAGUAAGUGUAUUCCAUAUUUAAAAGCAUGUUCAGCCAGAAGCCUUUUUAAUAGCAGGGGCCAGUGAGGCAGGGCAGGUGGGCUUCCAUUGUCCUCCUGGCUUUCCAACACAGCAGGCCACUGAUGGCUGCCAAGAGGGGAGGAAUGAGGCAAAAAGAGCUUGUUGCAGUGCAUGGCAAUGGGGGCAUCUGAUUGGCUCCACUGCCACACACCACACUGCAGCAAGCUCCCCAUAGCUUCCCUAUCCCCUCUCAGUAAGCCGAAAGACAAAGGAACUCCAGCCACAAAAACUCAUCAGCCAAAAUUGCUAUAUAUACUCUGAAGCAUUUGCUUAACAGAUAAAUGCAAAUGAUGCAUGAACUGGAUAAUUGUAUUUUGUGUACAUUGCUAGAUGCAUAGGACAUAAACUGAGGGCCAAAAGGUACUGAAAUAAAAGAGAUAUGCAGACUCCUUAUGAACCAGGUAUAUUUGUGAUAUAAAUGUGAUUCCCCUGUGAGAUCACAUUUUGAAACCCAUUCACUAGCCAUGUUUCAUCUUUCUUAUUUGACUAUGAGCCUUAUACUCUAAUCUUUCCCAAACUCCAGCUGUUGUUGGACCCAGUGGUCAGGGAUGAGGAAAUUGUAGUUGAAAAACAGCUGGAGACCCAAGUUUGGUAAGCCCUGCUCUAAUCUGAUAGGAUCUGUUAUGGGGGCAAAUCAAAAUGGGAAUGCCACAGUAUUUCUAAUUUCUGUCAUGAAACAAGUGGAAGCAAGAGACCUUUGCUGAACUAUUGCAAAUCACCUCAAUCUACUUUCGGUCCACCCCACCUAAAGAGUUCCAUAAGAUUGUCUUCUGAGGCUGUGCUCUCUAGACUCUCAUUAAAUCACAUGUGCUUUGCUAGUGCCAGAGAAGGGGCUUUUAUUGUGGCAGCACCAAUAUGUGCUUUUAAGGUUGCAAUCCUAUGCACAUUUGUGUUAAGAGUAAGUCUCUGUGGGACACCUCUGACUGCUUAGAACUGUGUAGUAAACAUUUGAAAACAUUUUAAUUCUGUGAAUAGCAUUAUGAAAACAUUUAUUCAGGAAUUAUUAACUUUUGUAUGCUGACCUGCUUACUUGUUUGAAACUGCUUUUUAUCUUAAUCUUUUUUCUGCUUUCAUGGUUGUCUUGUAAUUAUUAUUUUUUAAGACAGGGAAUUAAAGUUUAAAUAACUAUAUACACAUGCACUUUCCCUACACAGUUUUUUUCCUAUUUAAUUAACUGCUUAAGGCAGGCACCCCCAAACUUCAGCCCUCCAGAUGUUUUGGCCUACAACUCCCAUGAUCCCUAGCUAACAGGACCAGUGGUCAGGGAUGAUGGGAAUUGUAGUCCAAAACAUCUGGAGGGCCGAAGUUUGGGGGUGCCUGCUCUAGAUGCAUUCUGACUGCAACCUUACACCUGCUUAAGUGAGAGUAAAUCCCACUGAGCUUACUUCUGAACAUACAUGAGCAGGAUUGCAUUGUUCUUUGUAUAAGUCCACAUUAGUAUGGCCCACUAAUGCCUGAGCACUCUGAAAGUUAUGCACAUUUCCGCCCAUGGGUCAAAGAGCAGCAUUGGAGGUUCUAUUUAGAUAGGGAAAACAGCUCAGGCAGGAAAGCUAAACCUCCCUUCUCCAAGACUGUGCUCCUAUUCUAGUUUGGUGCUGCCUAUGUCUGCUUGGAACUUAGAAAUCAGGAGGCCCUGAUAGCAGCCCUCCAUUUCAUUUAGUUGCACCCUAAUCCACCAGUUCAGCCCAGCUCGUAUGAGUAUUGCAACAUGAAUGGGGAAUAUGUAUCCAAGCAUGCCUUGGCAAAAUAUUGUUUUUUUUGGUCAGAUCCUUUGUGGGCAGCAGAAGAUUGUGUUUGUGGCCAAAUCCCUCAUGAUGGAAAACCAGGGUGAGUGCCUCUUGUGAUGGUGAGGUUGAUUUAGACUAGACUGAAAUUUGCACAAGCUUCUUAAUAAAAAUUAAACAAGAAAACCCAACAAAUACAAGGUAUUCCUGGAAGUAAGUCCAUUGUAAAAGCAUUUUAUUUAUCCUUCUUUGCUCCUGUUGUUUGUGCAUCAAAAUCCCCUUUUGAAUACAACAGUGAUAGAAAAAUAUUUGUUAUCUCCACAUUGCUUUAGACCAGGCAUCCCCAAACUGCGGCCCUCCAGAUGUUUUGGCCUACAACUCCCAUGAUCCCUAGCUAACAGGACCAGUGGUCAGGGAUGAUGGGAAUUGUAGUCCAAAACAUCUGGAGGGCCAAAGUUUGGGGAUGCCUGCUUUAGACCAUCCAGUAUUUCAGUUUUGCUACAAACCAUUCUGCUCCCCUCGGUUUUGCAGUACAUAUCCAGUUCACAAUGGCUCCAGAUCUUAUUGUCUGAUAUGUGAGUCCUAUUAGCUUUAGUGGGAUAUACAAAUAAGUAAUGAAGGUUGCAGCCAAUAUGUUCGGAAUUGCACAGGGAAAUCCUGGAAUCAGUCCCAACUGUUAUUACCCCUUCUGUACGUGAGUGGCCAGGGGUGGGGGGGGGGUCACUUCUUCAGGCAUAUUCCAAUGUUCAGAAUUCAUUUGCAACAAUUAUAAAUCAGCCAGACCACUGCUCUUGGCAAUGUAGCAUUUUAAAGGCGUUAAAUUUUGAUAUCUUAUCAGUUUUCUACUUUGAAUUGAUGUAUGUUGCCUUGAGCAUCUCCUGAAGGAACCGGCAACUCACAAAUACAAUAACAAAAAAAGAGUGAUAUUUGAAUCCAUGUAACUGCAUAAUAACAUCCUCAUCAUUGUCAUAACCUCUACCAUGUGGCAGGGGUUCUUUUUGGCUGCUAUUGCCAUACAGGUAGCAUUUUAUUACCCAUCAAAAUGUAUUACAUCUAGCAGUGUAGUAUACAAUAUGCAUGCUACAGGAAAACUGCCAGGAGAUUCAUAGCACCUGUGGUGCCUAGCAGAGGAAAAUAGCCAUGUGAAUCUGAACAUUCAGCUGUAUUUCAAGUGGAAGACACAAUUCUGUGCAUAAUUUACUAAGUCAGAUGCAAAUCAAUGGCUGGCCUAACUUUGUGUUGGGUUUAGGCCAAAGUGCCUACAGUUAAAUCUGCUAAACAAUUCCAAAAAGCUUUACAGAUAGAGUGUAAUAUUGUAAUAUGUAUGUGUAUAUAUAUAUAAACUAUCCUAUGUAAAUGUCUAUGUAUUAUUAUGAGUGCUUAUUUUCAUGGCUUCUGUCUGUUUGUAUACAUAUGUAUAUGUUCAUGAUUUCAAGCAAAAUAGUAAUGUGUAAUUUUUAAUAGGAACAAAUGUUUUAAAAAAUUAUAUUCUAAACAGCCUAUGCAUAACACUGUAGGAAUAUAAAUAUCCUUAUACAGUGACAUAAAUAACUUUUUCUGGUUCCAAGACAGUGGAGUCAACUUCAGUGUCAAUAUGGCAGGACGUGCAAUGUGCUAACAAUUUGAUUUCUCUGGAGAGCCAUUUAUACUCCUGAUUUUACCACUUCACAUUGCAGUGGUUUACUAGAGCCAUGAGUAGAGUGAAAUAUUUGAUUUUUCAUUCCCCCCUCCUCCUUUCCUCAGCCUUUUGAAAGCCUGCAUUUCCAUUACCACAAUUCAGGAAACCAUAUUUCUGUUACCACACUUCUAAUUGUAAUAAAAGGACUGUAUAUUCUUUGUG